AUGCCGCUUAAAUUUGCCCCGAAAGCUUUAAACCCUGAAGAUUCGAUGCGGCUUGCGGUUGUCCACAUGCUGCGGCAUGAUAACGCUGUCAUUCUACAAACGUUUACCGGCAACCGCGGCAGCAGUGCGACUCGGCGAGGAAGACUGCUGCGAUUUAUGCCGCAUUUUCCGUUUUGCCCAACAGAAAGGACAGGAGAGACGGCAGAAGAGGCGCCGCAUGUUGUGGAAAUAGCGCCGUUGCAACUGCCGUACUGGGCACGCGGAUCCUCAAGGGAGACGAUGUGGCCUGCGGCUCGGACACCGGGGGCGGUACAUCCGUCACCACCACAUUCCCCGCAUUUUCUUGCGGAGGGGUCGUCUUCUUUGUUCUUCUCCAUCUCGCUGCCACAUUUUGACCUGCCGCUUGUAUUCGCGUCUCCGCGUCGUGAGCGGCGGUGCUCGCGGGCUUGCCGGGCUGAGUGGUCACCUCGGGCAGUGAUGGACAGAGAUGUCGCUGCAACAUGGGACGAGAUGCUGUCGGCGUUCUGCGCUGCGUGGAGCGCCGCGGUGCGAAUAGAAAAAACUCCAUUCGCGUUGCUUCCGCCGUCGCUCUCGCAUCCGCUUCUGGCGGAGCAGCCGCUGGGAGAGGGACGUGUGCCGCUUCAGGACGAGCCGGCAGCGUCAUUUCGUAUGGAUCCCAUCGUCGUUCCACGCCGCAAGUUGGACCGGCAACGAAGUGAACGCAUGCUUCCACCCAUUCUGGCGGUUGAUGUUGCGGGCAAAUGGAACGACACUCCGUCGGCAUUCAAAUCGCAGGAGGCCGUCCUGCAGCGUCGGUUUCUCGCAGUGGCACGGACGCUGGAACGCACAACAGCAGCGCCGUCUCCCCCGUUGAUUGUGGCGUCAGUUGACACGCCUCUGACAAGCGAUGCCGCAGGCGAGUGUGAGCGUCUCGAGUUGGCCAGUGUUGCCGUCCCCCCGCUUAUGUGCACACAGAGAAUGAAGGCUGGACGCCCGUGGCGAGAGGGGGGCCACGCUGGCGCGCGGAACACUCUCGUGCACGAACAUUCUGAAUCGCUCUUUUCACGAAUGCCUUCGUGCAUGACGCGCGCCACGGAGCUGCGAUUUCCCGAAGGGAAACACAUGCGGCAGACCUUGACGCUGCGGAAUACCGCAAAGGAACGUCUGCAAAAAUUAUUUGGUUUGCGUCCACCCCGACGUCAUCGACAAAAAAUGACUGAAUGGUUUUCUACGAGCAAAUUCUCCAUUGCGCGAAGUCGUGAACUCGCCGCCGCUGCACUGUUACCCUCAACGGUGCUGUCAGCCGCAUCGCGCGUGAAGCCGCCGCAUUGCUCUGAGAGGAAGAGGAGGCGUGGAGAUUUUCCUCCGUCACCGCAACCACUGCAACUGUUGCCACAUGUGCGCGCUACAGCCGUCUUUGCCUUUUCCUCGUGGCAGCCAUUAACAUUGGAGGAGGAGGAGGAGGAAAACAAUGACACCUGCUGCGAGGAAGACUUAAAGAUUGCUCCCUGGCGUGUGUUUCCGCGAGAAGUCGAACUGCAAAGCUUCCAGCAGCUGCUUGAGCGUGGGAUAGAGCGGAAUGGCAAAGCGAUGCGUGUGGGGAAUUACGAUGAGGAGGAGGAGUGGUACCAUGCCGCCUUUGUGCAUGACGUUAAUACCAUGCCGCUGCCGUACAGAGAGGUUUCUAAUCUUGUUGAAGAUGCGAGGUUACAUUACUGCUAUCGGCUGGCGCUGCAUCGAGAAAAGCGGCGUCUUGGCCUUUGA